AUGGCUUCGAUCAACAAGACAGAGUUCGAGGUUCUUGAGCUGAACGGCAAGAACUAUCAAACCUGGGCAGUCGACUGUGAGUUCCAUCUGCAGGCGAUGCAGCUGACUCCCACGAUCGCCAGGCCUGCAGCCGGUGUUCCUGCUCCGCCACCCCAUGACAAGGCAAAAGCUUGCAUCUUCCUGAGGCAUCAUAUUCAUCCUGACUUGAAGAUGGAGUACCUGGAGGUGAAAGACCCUCUGCUUCGCUUUUGUGACCAGGUCAUCAUUGAACUCGAGAUGAUUGAGAAAACUCUCGAGACUUUCCACCCCACCAACAUGGUACUCCAGCAGCAGUACCGUAACAACAAGUACAUGAAGUACUGUGAUUUCAUGAAUGUGCUGCUUGCCGCUGAGGCUCAGAAUGAACUCUUGAUGAAGAACUUCCACAUGCGCCCUGCUGGGACACAGGCACAUCCUGAAGCACAUGCCAGUUUCUGUAACGGCAACGGUAAAGGUUCUUUCAGAAACAAGGGUCAAAAGUUUCAUGGUCACAAGGGGCAAAAAGGGGGAAAGUUUAAGAACAGAGGCCAGAAGUCCAAUGGCAAUGGCAAAGGUCAGAAGUUCAAUGGUAAUGGCAAAGGCAAGUCCCUAAAGGGCUCAAAGGACGAGGCAAGUGGAGGGAAACACUCAAAUGAGGGUGCUAUGGAUCCCACCAGCAUUGGUCUCGUACUUGCACUACCAACCCACACUUGA